AUGGAUAUUAUUUUAGGAAUUAAAGUAUCUGAUGCCACCCUCGUUGCAACAUCUAAGGCUGCCACAAGAGGUAUUUCCAUUUUGAAGGAUACCGACGACAAAACAAGACAUUUAAACGCACACAAUUUAAUAGCAUAUACUGGUGAAGCUGGUGAUACUGUUCAGUUUGCCGAGUAUGUUCAAGCUAACAUUCAAUUGUACUCCAUGAGAGAGAAUGACAUUGAGUUAUCCCCAAAAGCAACAGCUUCGUUUGUGAGAAACCAAUUAGCUUCUUCGCUUAGAUCUAGAAAACCAUACCAAGUGAACUGUUUAAUUGGAGGAUACGAUGUAAAGACAAAUCAGCCGUCGUUGAAUUGGAUAGAUUAUUUAGGUACGCAAGUUGAACUUCCUUAUGGUGCUCAUGGCUACGCAGCAUUUUACACAACAUCCUUGUUAGAUAAACAUUAUAGAAAGGACAUGACAGUUGAAGAUGGUUUGAAGUUAAUGGACAUGUGUGUCAAAGAAUUACAAACGAGAAUGCCCAUUGAUUUUAAAGGUGUGUACAUCAAGGUGGUAGAUAAAGAUGGUAUAAGACAGAUUGAGUCAAAUUGA